AUGGCCCAAACCAGUCCAAACAGAAAAGUUCACGACUGGUCGAGUCUUCAUCAAGAUAUUGUCGACUCGAUCGCCAAACGACUGGUCUCUCCGGCGGAUUUGAUUGUUUUUGCCGCAGUUUGUAAAGCAUGGAGAUCAGCCGCCAUCAAAGAAUACUUUACCAGCCGAUCAACACUGAAAUCUCCAGUGCUUAUGAUCCAAGCCAAGAACAAGGAGAAGGGCACUCUCACCCCUGAAUUCUACAACAGCUCAAGGAGUACGUGGUCAAAGGGAACGUUUCACAAACUUGGUCUGCUCGCACCCAAGAAAACAAAGCAGUCUUUUUAUUCUUCUCUAGGCUGGCUGGUGGCUGUGUCUGCGGAUUUGAAGGUUGAUCUGCUGCACCCUUUAAGCCAUGACCAGAUUGAACUUCCAGAUAUUAACAAAGUCACAAACCAUCACCAGCAACAGAGCUUUUCCGGCGUGCCGUACGAGUUCAUAGCUAGUAAGUUUGUCUUGUCAUCAAGCCCUUCUUGGACGUGUGAUUAUAUAGUGACUGUUAUUUAUAGGAUUUUGGGAGGCUGGGGUUUUUGGAGACCAGGAGAAGAUGAAUGGACCAGUGUGGGGAGGAAUAUAAUGGAUCUUGCUUAUUAUAAAGGGCAGUUUUAUGCUGUGGACUUUGAUGGGAAUAUAAUGGUUUGUGAGAUUGCAGAGCCUGAGCAACCAAAAAUGAGGAUUGUUGUUCCGAAAGUGCCAAUGGAACCCAUGUGUGCUUCUGUUGAUCAAAGCCUUUAUCUGGUGGAAUCACAAGGGGCCUUGUUGGUGGUUCUGCGUCUUAGGCAAUGGUUCAGUUCAACAACUGAGUUUAGGGUUUUCAAUGUGCCAUUGGAGGGUUGUGGCAAGUGCUGGUGCCAUUGGUCGGAUUUGCAGGUAAAGAACUUGGGUGACAGUACCCUAUUUCUGGGACGCCAUAAUUCUUCCUUCUCUAUCGAAUGCAAGAAGAACAAGAACUUUAUUAUUCUCUCUGCUGUUUCUGAGUGGAGCAAGGCUUCCUGUGGUUGUAGGGCAGUUGAGGUGAAAGUGCGAACUCUUUUGGCUUGGGAUUUUCCUGGGACUGGAGUGGUCAAACUUAAUGUGGAUGGGUCUCAUAAAGCAGCUUUUGGGAAUAUUGGUGCUGGAGGCGGUCAAAUCCUUGAAGCUGAGCUUUGGGGUUUAUUUUUGGAUCUUAAACUGGCCCUGGAUAAAGGUGUUAGUAGGAUUGUCAUUGAGUUGGACUCGGCUCUAGCUGUUAUUCUUAUUCAGCAAAUGGACUCCUAUUGUUUUCAUCCCCUUGCUGGUCUGCUAGAGAAGAAUUGCCUUGCUGACUGCCUUGCAAACUGGAGUUACAAUCUGGAUUUUGGUAUUUGUUUCUUUGACACUGCUCCUGUUUGGGGUAGUGAAGCCUUGGUUGGUGACUUGUUAGGCAUUUCUCGUGCUCAUUUGAUUGGUAUUGAAAGAGUGUAG